AUGGCAAUGGUAUGUCAUCAACCCCAGCAGUACGCUCCAUCUCUGGGUCCGCUACCGCAGGACACCAUGUAUGGGCACACUCAAUGCCAUAGCCAUCCCAUAUAUCAUCCACCGCCCACUCAGAUGCAAGGCCUAGCUCGGUUCAAAAUCACCAAACCUUCUUUCCACGACCGCUACGAGUGCAAGCCCGACAAUGCACCCGGCGGUCCUGUCCUUUACAGCCUUGCCAUCUCAAGUAAUCAGAAGAAGCACCCCGACUUGGUCCUGAACGCCGAGGGGGUCGCAAUGGUUGCUUUCUAUCUCCCAAAGAUAAGCAAUUAA